GCCCUGCUCAUUCCCGGCAAGGCAAACGCAAGUGCAAUCUGACACCGAGAGAAGACACGACUGCAUUGUACGUCGAGAUCGAGAUGUAUCCGGCUAAGCCCAACGAGCCGGCCGGGGUGGCGCCGGUGACCGGCGUCCCCGUUGGCGGCCCCCCCGCGGCCGGCCAGUGGUCCUCCGGCCUCUUCGACUGCUUCGACGACUGCGGCCUCUGCUGCCUGACGUGCUGGUGCCCGUGCAUCACGUUCGGGCGGAUCGCGGAGAUCGUGGACCGCGGCGCGUCGUCGUGCGGGACGAGCGGGGCGCUGUACGCGCUGCUGCUGUCCCUGACGGGGUGCCAGUGGAUCUACUCGUGCACGUACCGCGCCAAGAUGCGCGCGCAGUUCAACCUCCCCGACUCCCCCUGCUGCGACUGCUGCGUCCACUUCUGCUGCGAGACCUGCGCGCUCUGCCAGCAGUACAAGGAGCUCAAGGCGCGCGGCUUCGACCCCGACCUCGGCUGGCACCUCAACAUGGAGAGGGCCGCCGGCUCCGGCGCCUUCUACCCGCCGGCCGCGCAGCAGAUGGGACGCUGAUUCCGUUGCCCCCAGCGACCUCAGCUACUAGUAAUAUCCAUCAGAUCAUCACGUGAUCAUCGGUGAAGUUUGCAUGGUAAAUUACAUGUUGUACUGCAUUUAUUUUUGUGUAUUAUGGUGAUGUGGCUUGCUGUGAAAUGGUCUCAGGAUUGGUACGACAAAAUGUGUAUGUAUUUCUUUCCAAAAAAAAACAAAAA